UUGCGUCUGAAAUACUGUCAUCUAAAGAGCAUUAAUAUGCCCACUUUUAUUGAGUUGAAACAGCUUCUGGACAUUGCACUAACCACGCCAGAGGUGGGAACUGUAAAUUUUAAUAUUUUACGUAUGUUUCUUCAAGAAUUGCUGCGGCAUCUUAGCAUUGAAAACAAAGCUAUAGACAUCGACGCACUAACAGGGGAACACAAAAGUGCCAUUGAUUUUAUCAAGGAUGAGUAUGCCGACGCUACCAGCCAAGAAAAAAGAUCACUCGAAGUCAUUCAAGUCAAAGAGACGUCUGAAAUAAUGAUGGGACCUGAAGCCGGAUCAACGAAUCCAUUUCUAAGCUGUGAAAGACCAGAGCAAGAGUCGCCAACAGCCGUAAAUGGGGAGCAAAGCGAAGGAGAACAGUUGACAAGUGUGGAAACUGUUCCUACAGAAGAAAGUGAAUUGGAUGCUUCGUUGAAGAAAGAAAGUAAGUUAGAUGCUUCGGUGACGGAAGGAGAAUUCAGUGUAACUCCUCCUAAAUCAGGAAGUUUUCCAGUAAAAGAUCAACCGCCCUCAACCCGAAGCUCCGUUUUCUUACUUGGAAGAUCAGAUUCGCUCAAGAGCCUUAAAAGGAGGGUUUCAGAACUUCAAGAACGUGUAGAAUUUCUUGAAUCACAGCCCCCUCCCGAUGUUUCUGACUCCGUUAGAUCGGUGGCUUCCCUAGUGAGGAAGGAAAGCAAGACACCUGCUCAUGACUUUGUGGAGUUGAUCAACAUAAAGCGGACGCUUGACGCGUUGGAAAAUUCUCUGGAGGGCUUAACAGAAAUGGUAGAUGCCUUAGCGUCUGAUCUGAACGAACUGAAAGGAUCUUUACCGAAAGUCCAUAAUACCUCAACUGAUCUGUGCUCUGAUAUAGAGGAACUGCGGAAAUCUGUGGAAGAGAUGAAAGAAGAGAAAGCAAACAAGGAGGAAGGUGAAGAGAUAUCAAAACUGACAAAUAUCGAGAAGAAAAUGGAUAGAUUUGAAGGUGAGCUAUCAACCUUGAAAGAAGCCAUUGCUGAGAUUACAAAUAGACCUAGGAGCCCACGUGUUCUUGUCACACCGGACGACGUCCAAACUGAAAAUGUGAAAGACGUCAUACAAGAAAUAGAUCCCAAAAUACAGGAAACACUCGAUGCUCAUGAAAAACAACUCCAGGGAUUGGAGGUUCACAUUCAAGAGGUAGAAGGUUCACUGGAUGGAGUGAGUUCCAAAUUAAGUGGAGUUGAACAGGCUGCGACAGACACCCUGACAAAACUUGAAGUGUGUGGCGAGGAAAUCAACGAGAUCAAAACCAAACAAGAAAGCUCGGAGAAAGAGUUGAAAAAUCAUAAAUUACAAAUCGAAGACAAGGAAAUGCAGAUUCACCAGCUAAGGAACGCGAUGACGCUGAUGAAAUGUGAAAGUAUUCAGCGGGCAAAUGUAGAGGCUACGGACAAGAAGAAAGAGGAAACUUCGACGUCCAGGCACCGUGCGUACAGUGUCGAUCGAGAAGAACUGAGUUUGAUCCGUGCCAUGAUAUUCGAGUUACAAGAAGAAAAAGAAGAACUGAAACAGACCGACAUCCGAUUGAAUGACGAGCUUCACAGGAAACAAAGGCAUUUGGAUGAUCUUUAUAACAUUGUCGACGAACUGAGAGACGUAAAGGUCGAUAAAGAACUACUGAAUGUAAGAUUUGAGCUGAAAGCUGAUAGAAGGGAUGUGGAGACCAAGAUUGGGAGGGAAGACUUUGAACACUGCGUAGGUCUUAUCGAUCAGUCCUUAAGAGAUUUGCUGCAAAGAUUGGAAGGCUACGAAAACGCCCUGAAAUUAGCCAUAGAAGCAAUCCACUCAGACGUCGGCAAGAAACUCGACAGAGAAGAAGUUGAACCCUUGAAGCGUUACCUGGAGUCGCGAAUGGAAUCCAUGAAACCAAAACCGGUGGAGAGGCCGCCUCCAGAAGAAUUCGCAGCAGGGAUCCGAAAGCAAUUCUUAGUGGAUCACAACUGUAUAUCAUGUGACCGCCCAGUUAAAUACGCCAGAGAGGAGACUUUUCCCCCUCUACCAAUGAUGCGCUGCAUGCCGGGGUCGAAGUCAACCCGUCCUUACACCACUUUUGAGCUGGAACAGAUCCGACAGCACAUGCUCCAAGGAGGACUGACGAUGACGAAGGAAAGGUUUGAACUGUUGGAGAAGCAACGCAGCAAGUUACAGAAGGAAAUUUUACGACUCAGUGGUGUCAACGAUCUCCGAGAAUUGGCCGAGGUCACUGCAAGGGCCUGUGGAGGAGUACAUACCCUUACCUACCCCCACAGUCAGUCUGUUGUUCGUGGACUUCAGCUAAACAGGGACGACUUGGACUUCCUCGUCCCACAAAAAGAAAUCCAACCCGUGGAUAUCUUAGGACAGGACGGCCAUAUCUAUAAGGGAUUACUGGAAUCCCUCCCGACGACACUUCCUCACAUCCCACAAAAGAGCAAGACCUCUGAGUUAAAAAAUGUCUCACGGAAUCUGAGGAGGGGCACGACCCCGACUUCCCCUGGUCUUCAGAAAGCUGCUGAGGACCAAAUAGAAAGUUGUUAAUUUACACUCAUUCUCUGAGUGACG